AUGCCCCUGAUCAUGGAAGACGGUAUCAACGUCGAUGACUUGUUUGGUGAACCCGGCUCCCUGGAGCUGGGCUUGUCUCCUCCAAGCAAUGCCCCUAUCAAGGGUCUCCCACAACGGCUAGAUGAGAUGAGACUGGUAGGAUGCUGUCAGAAGAUUGCGUGGUCAAGGCUUGGAUGUGUUGCAUACAUCACACCAGACGGGAUGAGAGUCAAUGUCCGUCAUCUUCAAUGUCGUCCCUCAGAUGGGAAAUGGGUACUGAGUGAAGACACGCCAUUGCUUCCGGUCACGGAGGCUCACGGUGGCCACCCCCUGGUCCACCUAUGCUGGAACGAAACUGGUGCCGAACUGGCCGUGGCGGACUCCUCUGGUCGGGUAUCGAUCUACUCCAUUUCCAUUGCCCUCAACAGCAUUGCUGGACAUCGUCAGGCAACUUCGGAUCCCGACGAUGAUGGUGCACAGAUCGUUGGGAUGAUGUGGCUGAAUGUAAAUCGCGUGGUUCAUGCUUUUCAUCAAGCGGCCAAAGUCCAAGGCCGUUGGGCCUACUCGCCAUUUAGACGUCGUCCAAUUGGCCCUUUCCAUCCAGUGAACAAAGCGGGUCUUGUCUGCGUGACUCGCUCCGGGACGAUCAGGCUCCUCUAUCAAAAUCCUGACAGCAGAUGGGCGGAGAUUUCAACAGAACUCAAAAACACGGGCUAUUCUGAUAGACUUUUGACGCACGCCGCUUUGGUGUCCACUCAGGGUGGUGUUCUAGUCGCCACCCACUCUGCAUGCCAGAAGCUCUGUCUGUAUCGUGUGCAAAUCGCCUGGAACCCCACGCAGUAUGACCCCGGCCAACAGAAACCCCCAGCACCUUGGCCUGUUCCAAGUUUCCGCUUCCUUCACUGCAAAGUCGAAUCCCUAUGCGAUGUGAUAGGCACGAACCGAAACCCUGGAGAUAAUCAGGGCUUGCCAUCCUUUACGAACUCCGUCUAUGGUCUCACCCGAUUAGACAUCAUCCUCCCAGCCCUCGAUAACCCAGCAGGUUCAACAUCCACCCCCUGGAUUGUGGCCGUCUAUUCGAGUCCCCUCCAUGCCACUCCAGAUCAUCCUCAGCAGCAAAGCCCAGCGAGUGUCAUUGUUCGCUGGCAAUUAGACACUGGAGCCGUGACCCUUCACCCAAAGUUUGACGAGGUAGGCUCAAAAAAGAGCAGCGCCCAGAUGAAGCCAAAAUUAGAGCUGCGCCGCCUUGAAGAUAUAUACUCUGAUAGAUACGCCAUUUCGAUAGACCAGAUCGAGUAUGGCAACGUGCUCGCCAUUACCUAUGAAGAUGGCUCCAUUGUUUUCCACGACCCUAAGACGAUGGCCGUGUUUAACGGGGUGGAUGACACGAAUACAGUAACAAGUCUGGCCCAAGCUGGUUUCCAUUAUCCUCCAGAAGCUUCUGGUCUACACAUGGCUUUCUCGCCAAACGCUUGUGCCGCAGUUAUGCUUGACGCAGAAGGACAGACUCAGUUGAGGCUCACAGAGCACACGUAUGGAGCCGAAGGCGGUCUCCAUGAUGAAAACAAAUAUUCGGCAGCCAUUGCUGCCUUGACUCUAGCAUUCUGCCGUGGAUGUGGAAGUGAUGUUAACAUUGACGAUGUGAUUCUGAUCCUGGUACGACAGUUGUCAUCUGAAGCUCAAAUUAAUUUUAUCAACGAGGUGUACCGCGCCUUGUCUGUUAAUUGCAACUUUACAAUGGAACAAGACAAACUCAUGAACCAUAUCUAUAUACCCCGUUGUCUAAGUCUUCAGGCCGCCUUGGGAUUCAAGGACAAAUAUACACCGCGCAGUUCUCCAUCCGCCAUUCCCUGGGCAAUCCUUCAACUUCGCCAUGCCUCUGUGCUGUAUGCUUUCUUCUUCCAGUAUAACAAAGGCGCCCCUACAGAGUCGCAUGACCCCGAUGUCCUCCGUAUGGUGCUGGGAAACACAAAAUGGGCUCUUGAAUUUUCAUUCUACGUCUCGAAUGAGCUCUUCGAUCUCGCAGAUGAGUUUGAAAGCAUGGCUUCAGAUCAGGAGGCUUUCACGCAAAAGUUAAAAUCCACUACCUCUCUCCCUCUUAUCAUCCUCCUUUCUAGCAUGUCCCGUGCAUUCUUGCGAUUCAUCUGCCGCGGACUGCGCGGGAUCCACGCUGGCUACGCCACCGCAGCGCCUCUGACCGGCGAUGCGCGUGUCUACUAUGCAGAAAUCUACCAAACCCUAGAAAACUCCCCGGUCCGAAUCGACGCGUACGAAAAGUUCCUCGCCGGGGUGGACUCGGCUGUCCGGCACGCCUACCACAGUGCCGGGUUCGGCGAUGCUGAACGCCCGGGCCCCGAGAAAGAAUUGCUGGUCAACGCCCGCGUGCCCCCCGUCCUGGUGUCAGCAGUCGCAACCAUCCUCCGGCAAACGGUCCCGGCCCUCAAGUCGGAAAUAGACCGCAUCACCAUCUACAUGGGCAACUACAGCUGGCUGGGCCUUGCCCACGACCGCCGCACGGAGAUGUACCGCCGCACCCGGGACGUGGAUAUCAUCAAGAAGAUCCCACUGCGGAGCCUUGGGCCCUACACAGAAGUCGACGCAGCUCCCAGCGGGAAAACGAACGCACAAGGCCCGCCGCAGCAACCGCAACCGCAACAGCAGCGGCGUCGGCGAUGUGUUCGCUGCUGCGAGAUCUCUGGCGACACGCACCCGCCGCGCUCGCUGCUCUCUUUCCGCAUGAUUGCCAAGUUGGGGCUUCUACGGUCUUGUGUUUGUGGGGGGAUGUGGACGCUCGUCGAGCCGGAGGUCUCUGCGCCGGCUGCGGAUCCACCAGUUUCUCAGGCGACGGGACGGACUCCGGCGUUAAUGGCUAUUGGGCUGGCUGGGUCGAGUUGA